GUUCUCCAGGUUGCGGAAGAUUUCGUCGGGCGGGAGGGUGAUGCUCUUGUCCAAACUGCCGUGACCGCCACUGCCGCGCCCGCCCCGCUCCGCCAUUUUGAGCGCGACCCACUCCUCGCCUGGCCUCAUCGUGAGAGCACUAGGGUUGGCUAUUGCGGAGCUGUGUAUGUGGAAAGCAGCAUUGCAGGGGUUUCGAAUGGACACAAAGCUGGUCAGUUCUGGUUUUGUCUUACAAGAAGAAUCUCGUCCUGAACGCGGUCCUUGGGGCAGCACCGAAAAUAACCCAGAACCUACGUGAGAAAGGCUGUGCCGCGUCCUGCCCUCUGAGGGUCUAUAGCCUGCAGUGCCGGGGCAGAGGUGUGCUGGUCUUUCCCAGCGCCCUCCUUGUGCACGGGAGCGUGGCUGAGAACCUGGAAAUGGAAACGGUGGAGGGAAGUGUGCAGUGAGGCAGCCAGAAACGGCUCGUGUGUGCCUGUGCAUUUGUGCACGCUGCAGCGUGUGCCUCCCUGCGUCCCUGGAGAGGAGCGCAGCCCCACGCAGCGCUGUGUUUCGCGCCAUCGGCAGCUGACCUGCUCCUUCCUCCACACAUGUGAACCCAAGACUGCGCCUGGAAUGCUAUUGAUCUGUGGCAUUAGUCAGCAGCCUUUUCCCAUUGAAGGCCAGCUCUUUCCCAGCUUCUGACGCGUAAUUCUGAUCCCAGCCUUUCACGUACCACACACUCCCCACCUGCUCAUCUGGGAGAAGGUCAUUAUCCCCAGCCUAUUCACCGGCAAUGGAGCAUGCAAGAAUAGAUGCUUCUCCUUUUGUGCUGCCUAUCUCCCUGAUUGGCUCCGGAGUGUGGGAAACUCCACCAAGCUGGAGACCCACAGACUCUCAGGGAGGUUGCACAGUAUAAAUAUCGGGCAGAGGCAGCUUCCAGCAACACGCUUCUCCUGGACUUCCACUCCGAGACCUUCCCUCCUCUCUCAGGACAGAUGGCUCCCAGCACUGUGUUCAUGGAGCCCGACAACCUGCUGACGCCAAAGGAGAAAAACAAACUGAGGAAGCCGGUGGUGGAGAAGAUGCGCCGUGACCGGAUUAACAGCAGCAUCGAGCAGCUGAAACUGCUCCUGGAAAAGGAGUUUCAGAGACACCAGCCCAACUCCAAGCUGGAGAAAGCCGACAUCCUGGAGAUGACCGUCAGCUACCUGAAACAGCAGAGCCAGCUGCAGAUGAAGACUGCAGGAUCCUUCCAUAAAAGCUCUCAAUUUGACUUCAGAGAGGGCUAUUCUAGGUGUUUGCAAGAAGCUUUCCAUUUCCUCUCUCUUCAUAAAGUACGAACUGAGACACAGACCAAACUUUUAAGCCACUUCCAGAAGAGCCAGUCAGCUGCUACGGAGGUCACCUUUUCCCCUGGGAACCCCAGCACCCUGAAGCAAGCGUCUCCGAAAGAUGCUGGUACGCUCUGGAGGCCCUGGUAGUCAGGGGAGUCCUCACGUCGCGGCCCUUUGCCAGUCCAGAGGAAGGAUCUGACUGCAUCUGACAGUCCAGCUCCGGUCCUCUCUUCUGUAGGGAAUGUUAUUUCCCCGUGUAUUUUAUUUAUGUGUGCAAAGAAUGGCAUACUUCUGACUUUUAUGGGAUCCUUUGGCAAAAGUGCAGGCAUUCUGUGGAGUGGUACUGAUGCUGUGCAGAGGCUGGUGACGACAGCCCACAGCACGCUGCCCCGUCAGGGGCGAGUGUCUUCAAAAUGAAGGAGGGUCUUUUUGUAAAUGUUACAGUUGUGACGGACAAGAAUUGCUGUAGGAGAGAUUUCUCUAAUAUUGCUUGUAAGAGCCAUCAGCUUUGCUCUGGCUUGACUCGCGACGCUUGUUUGCUCAGUCACUCCAGAGGAUAAAGUUACUACUCUCUGGUUCAUGCGCACUUGAUUAAAAUCAGUUUCCCUCUGUUUGCUUUUCACUUGUACAGCAUCAAAGAUGGUUUCUGUUUUGCUUUGGAUUUUCCCCCAGUGACCCUUCCAUAGUCCUAGUACAUAAAGUGUGGCAGAUCAACAGAAGCUAGGAAACUAUGUGGAAUAUUUCUACUAUUUUGCUGCUUUUUUCAAUUUAGAAAAAGAGUAUGUUACUGCUUUAUGUUAAAGAAAAGGUAGUAGGUAAAAGGCUUAAUUGGUCAAUGUUAUACAUUUUGGGUGUAAGCUAUGCUUUUCCUAGCAUUUUCAUUAUAAUAAUGAUUUUUGUCUGUAUUAAGUGAUUUAAUUCAUGGUGGAUAAUGUAUCUCCCACACCUGGGACAGCCCUAUG